AUGUCCUACUAUUCCAAUCCUCGCCAGGAAAGCCGCAAGCAAGUCGCCACGGCCUUCGCAAGCGGCGGCCGGAAGGAGAUGGCCGUCCCCACACAAUGUUGUGACCUGAAAGCUGGUGGACAUGUCUUCCUCCAAGGCUACAAUUGUGAGAUUAUAGCCAUCCAGCCUUCCGAAUUUAACGAUUCUAUGGUCCGUAUUGUCCGAUGCGACGCCGAAACCGGGGAACCAAUGAACGACCAAUACGUGAAUAUCGGCGAAACCGUCUAUGUCCCUUGCGAGGAAGCUUACAGUUCGACCUCGAGUGACCGCAACCAACGGUUCAGAGAGGAUGCCAGAGGCCCUAGUAGCCAAAUGGUUGCUAGAAAUUACCAAUCCAGUAAUGCUGGGCGUUACCGCAAGUGA